GUCCCUUAAGACUUUCUGUAGAAACCAAAGUGAACUCUCAGAAUGUAUGAAGACAGCAAAAAGACGGGACGGGGACUGUGAUUCAGCACCCGCGACGGAGGCAUGAACAUGAAUAUAGUUUAGCUAGCCAGCUAAGUUGUGCACGGAAGUUGACAAGAUGUUUAAGCGGCGCGUUCAGCGUCCCUCUGCAUCCUUUAGGCAGGAAGAAGUCGACAAGAAGGUCUGUGUUUACGACUGCCGCUCCACAGACACCGUGGUUAAUGAGAAGUGGCUGGAGACGAGUGGUCUGGACUUCAACGACUUUCUGCUAGAUCUUCACAAGGAAUUUGCAAUCCGUCCACAUGAACCAUUUGUGUUGGUCACGACUGACAGAACAGUCCUGGAUUUUGACAAAUUUAGGGAGCUUGAGAAUGACAGCACCCUGUACUUGUUGCAUCGGGAAGCUCAAGCUCUGUCAGCGGCAACGAAGGAGCGCAUCAAGUUUGUUCCUCAUUAUGAUACGCUGAUCCGGGGCGGCAUGUAUGAGUACUAUGCGAGUGAGGGCCAGAAUCCGUUGGCAUACGCACUUGCUGAGCUUAUCGACAACGCUCUUUCAGCCACAGCUAAAAACACAGGACAGAGGACGAUAGAGAUUCGGAUGCUGUUUGAUGAAACUUUUGGGAAACCUGCUCUGAUUGUUUUGGAUAACGGGUGCGGGAUGACCUCUAAGCAGCUCAAUAACUGGGCAGUGUACAGACUCUCUAAGUUUUCCAGGGAAAACAGCAAAUUUGCAAGUAAGCAAGAGGGGUAUGUUCAGCCUGAUCCUGUCCCUCGUAGUCUCAACAGUGAUAUAUCCUACUUUGGAGUUGGAGGAAAACAGGCUGUUUUCUACAUCGGAGAUUCAGCCAGGAUGAUCAGUAAACCAGUUGGCUCCCCAGAUGUCCAUGAGCUGGUUCUGUCAAAAGAGGAGUUUGAGAGAAAAGAUAAGAACAAAGAGGAUAUUUACAGCGGGACCAUCACAAACAGGAAGCCCGGUGACUCCUCACAUGUGAAAAAAGAUGAGCGCUUCCUCCAUGCCCUCAUCGCUGAAGAAUCUAGGAAGGAAAGCUUCACAGCGGUUGUCAUCACAGGACUCCAGCCUGAGUUUGUCAGCUUUCUGAAACAAGAUUAUAAAGUGUGGACCAGACAGCUAGCUCAUAUGUAUCACUAUUACAUUCAUGGAGUCAAUGGAAACGACAGGAGCAGCAACUCUGCAGACUCAAAUGAUGGCCCUAAAAUUGACAUUCAGAUCACUUUGAGGGAGAAGCCCUCCAUUUGUCCCCGUGUGAUGAGUCUCAGGGAAGUUGAAGAUGACAUGGAGACUCUGUACAUUAACGCUGCUGUAGACAAGUUUGAGUUUAAGGCCUCCACCGAAGACGAUGGGACGGUAGAGGGAGUCAUUCGGUAUCAUCCCUUCCUCUACGACAAGGAGACUUUCCCUAAAGACCCUAACGUGCAAGCCCCUCAUGAUGAUGAAAAUGAUGUUAAUGAGUCUGGAGUCCUGGAUCAGGCAAGAGGGAAAAGGCCAAUAUUUGACUGUUUCUGGAAUGGGCGGCUCAUACCUUACACUAAAGUGUCUGAGUUUGAAUGGUGCACUUGGAACAGUAAAGAACCAAAAGAGCUCGCAGAGUGUUACAGUCGGAUUUCAGGGGCGCUUUUCGCUGACGGCAGAUUCAAGGUCAGCACGAACAAGCUCACCUUCCUGGAACUGGAGCUGAAACUGAAAAACAAGGGCACUAUCUUCACACGCGUCGUUAAUGGACAGAACCAAAGAGCUAACAUUAAGAAGGAGUUUACACAGUGGCUACAAAGCUGUCAUUACAAGUGGGACAAGCAAAUACAGUUCCUGGGCUACAAGGAGACCAUAACGCGAGCCGAUAUGCCUAAGAAAAUGCAGCACCCCUGGGCGACGUUCUCCUCCAUCAAAUGGGACGGGAAAACAUACCGAGCAGGCCAACUCGUGAAGUCUCAGAAAACGCAGCGCAUUCUGUAUGGCACCGUGGUUCAGUUUUUGCUGCAUGGAGAGUACAGCGAAGAUGUCUUUGCCACAGGAGGACAGGUUGAGGUGGCUCUGGAACCCAGAGCGUUUUACGACGAGACCAAGAUCAUACCCAUUUCCAAGAUUGAUCAGAGCGCCACUGACGAAGCCAUCAAGAAGAACAUCGACAAUGACUUCGCCAGGCUUCCAGACAAACUGAGAGUGGACUGGCCAGAAGGUAACCCCUGGCCACAGAAUGCGGUUCGUGCAGCUGGGACCCCGUUCGGGCCACUCAAAAUCGAAAUUCUAAACAGGAAAGAAGAGUCGAUAUCCAGGAUGCCAUCAGUGGGCCAGGGAUCAGGGAAACCACUGAUUAUUGAGUUCAAAAUCAUCCAGCAUGGUCCUAAACAAGACCAAGUAAUUGCUUCUUACGUUGCUCAACGGUCACCAAAGUGGGGGUUCUGGUUCAAAAAAAUUGAGUGUCUGACCCACCUGGGGAAGUAUACUGUGACUCUGACAACUGAACUAAGUGAAAGUAACGCUACUGCCUUUGGAGGCAGAGCGCUUCCCAGCUACAAACUCAAUUUCACCAUCAAAGAGGGAAAUGCAGAGAGUUUCGUCAUCGGUGAGGUGAACCCCACUCUCCAUGUAGGAGUGCCGCUCGACAUUCCUCUGCUGAUGAAAGAUGGUUAUGGCCACCCGACGGUGCCUCCUCCCCAUCUCAAGCCUGUACUCAAAUGCAGUGACCUGGACCUGAGCUAUGAGAAAGUGGACAGCAGUGGGACGGCGUUCAUCAUCCGAAGGGUCAAAGCAAGAGGAAAAGUCCUGAAUUACCAACAAUCAAAGCCAUAUGAGCUGAAAGUGACCCUGCCUGGUAUGAAAAACGACACGCAGAGUAUGAACAUUGUUCUUCUUCCAGGUAGGCCACAUUCCCUCCUCGUGAUGCCAGAAGACAAUCCGAUCACAGCAGAGAAUGGAAACCCUGCAAGGUUUGAUGUUGAGAUUCACGACGAGGCUGGAAACAUCACCUCUCACCCCAAACAGAUCGUUCACUGCCAGGUUCAGGGGCUUCCACUGGUGGCGACUGACUGCAGCAACACUGGAGCUGGACAGCUUGUGACAAAGCCCAUAAACCUGAAAAUAACAAAGGGAGAAGCACAAAAGCUCCAAGUUCAGUUCAAAAUGCCUAAUCAGAAGAACGUUGCUGCAGUUGUGAGGGAGCUGAAGGUGCUGCCCAGCACCAGAGUCUCUUUGAUGGAUGUCUACAGUCAGGAUGAUGAGAAUCUGGUCCUGAAGAACAAGGAAAAGAUAGAGUGGCAGGCUGGAGGCUUGCUGGAGAACCUGUUCUAUAGACUGUAUGAUGAGGCUGGUAGAGAGGUGCCUCUCACUCGUGAAAUAGCCUCCAAGAUCAAGGUCAACUGGACGGGAGAUGUAAAUCUGGACGAUUUGGCCCAGGGGAAGCUGCCUGAUGUACAGGUGCCCACGCAUGUGCAUGAUGAGCACUUCUACCAGGUGUCCUACCAAGACCAGAGUGUGUCUGUCUCCUUUAACAUAGUGCCUCGGCCGGAUGAACCAGCACGACUGAAAGCAAUCCUGCCACAAACCUCAGUGAAACUAGGUGAAACCCUGCCUGGAAACAUACACUUGCAGCUGGUGGACCAGUAUGACAAUGUAACCAAUGCACUUACCUCUACCAGUGUGAACCACAUAAGCGUGGAAGCUGAGGGUCUGGACAAAUCAGCUAUGGCCUUUACGUGGCAGGAGAGCAGCAGUUCUCUUCUGGUGACGGGGGUCCAGUUCCAGUCUGGGACUCCUGGGUCCAGAGAGAUGUGCUUCACCUAUGGGACCUAUGUGGAGAGAGUUAUGCUCAAAGUGACCCCUGGAGUUCCUGCACAGCUUAAACUAGUCGUUAAGCCAGAGGAGCCUUUGCAGGUGUUAAAUGAGCGCGGCAUCGCCACACCCUUCAUCGUCCAACUGUGUGACGAGUGGGGAAACCCCUCUCCGGACCAGAGGGUCGUGGUAGAGGUGAAGACCUCACCUCCGUCACUGAAGGUGACGACAGAUGUUACGUCACAGCCUGUGAACACAGAAGGCAAAGCCUCUUUUGUUGUGACUAGGGUGAGCGGACCAAAGGGGUACUAUCAGCUGGAGUUUUUUGGGUCCUUCAACAAGAAACCCAUCUCUGGUCCAUCAGUGAAUCUCACAGUCAUCCCUGAUCCCAACAAACCGGUCAGGCUGUCAGUGGAGUAUGACACCAAAGCCAAGUUUCUUGCUGGAGGAAAAUUCCCAGUGUUCUCGGUGACCGUGGUGUCUGAUGAAGGAAGCCCGAUGACGAAUUUUAACCCUGCUGCUGCGUCCAUGUUUCUGUGGACGGGACUGCCAGCAGGAAAUACGCCUCCACAACUGGCCUUUGAGCUGAAGUGUAGUAAACCCAUGGAGAAUGAAAAGAAUGACUGUUUUCGCUUCAGAGAUAAAGAGAUCCCAGUAAAAGUUGGAAUACACAGCAUCCAGUUUUCUCUACGCAUAGACAAAACAAGAACCCUGUUCAGUAAUCAGAUCACCAUAAAUGUGGUGGCCAAUCAGCCUGUCAAACUGGGCCCCGACUCUCAGCUGCCAACCCCAGCUGUUUCCUACAGUAAGGACAUUGCCAGCCGAACCUUGGUGGAAAAUAUGACUCUGAUGAUAAUGGAUUCAUAUGGAAACCCAACCGGGCAGGACCUGGACGGGAAGGUGAAGGUUUUUAUAAAGAACUCACACGGAGACAACAAAAACCUCCCUCUGUUUGAAGGCAAAACCAACAGCUUUCAGUUUAGCUUGGUAGAAGGAAAGGCCCACAUCACUAGGCUGGCUGUCAUGGAGAACUGCCCCGGAGAGGACGGCAGUUCAUACAUUCUCCUCUUCACCCCUGAAGUGUCGAUGGCUUCCACACCCCUGGCUCCUUUUGAGCUGCCCUUCUUUUUUUACAAUGAUGUGGAGAACCAGCAGAAAAUGUCUGAACUAGCCAGGAAGAAAGAUGAGCUCACUGCUCGUGUUGCUCUUUAUAAAGACACCUUUUCUGCAUCUCAUGAACUCCUUCAUUUGCUGACCUCUUCUCACCUGGAUGCAAAUAGAAAAGAGACCGAACAGAGAAAUGCUCUGAUCCGGAGGAACGUGAAAAUAACACAACAUGUCCCAGAUGUUGACAGACUGAUAGCAGAGAAGACUGCUGAAGCCGACAGGAUCCUGAAAAUGCCCAGAAGAGUCUGCUCCAUCCGUGAUCCCUUUAGGGGGCAGCAGGAUGUUCUGGGAAUGGUUGGACACCUGGCCUUUGUGCAGGACGAUGAUGCGGCGAGGGUGAUCUGCUGGCAUAUCAGUGGCGACAUGAAUUGUGUCAUCACCAAAACGACGGCAGCAGCCCGAAGGAUCUAUGUCAACACCCGAGGAGAGCAGCAGGUCAUGGCCCUCGACAGUGUGUUUGUGCCACCGGGCAACAGACCGCUGCCACACAUGAGAAAUGGCCACAUGCUCUUUGUGCCCCCUGGGAACCCAGUCCACGCCAGAGAGCUCCUAAUUUACCCCCAAGACCCGGAGAGCUGUGAAACCGUGUUUAAAAACCUCCUCGGAGAUACUAUCCUGAUGGAUGACCUGGACUCUGCAAACAGCUACAGACAGGCGGUGGUGCAGAAUAAGAUGCCGUGUCCCACCAUCCUGACCAGGCAGGGGGACAGGAUCAGUUCCAGGGGGAAGUUUGGAGGCGCACAGAACAAAGCCCCACCGAUGAACAAAUUACAAGUGUUUGGGGCCCCCCGCCCACAGCAGUACUACACUCUUCAGGAAGAAAAAGACCUGCUCAUUCAGUACUGCUCAGCUCUGCGGAAGAUGGAUCAGGCAGCGAAGGAGCGUGACGAUCACUUAAAAGAAAUGAAGUCUACAGAAAUGCUGAAAAAGAAGCAAGAAUUGGAGGAGAUUGAGAAACAGCUGAAGGACAUUGAGAGACAAUGUGUGUCCACCCCAGUAAGACCAGUGAAACGGGGUCUUCGGGAUGCUGGUGAGCCGUCAGGCAUCAUUGCAAAGAGAGCAAAGCAGUGAUCCACAUAAGAGGUGUAGUCCAACCUGACAGUUUGAUCACAAACUUCUUUAGACAUUUUAUUUCACAUUGAGUUCAGUUUUUGUAAUGCACCUUUUUGUACUAAUUCGUUUUUAAAUAUAUAUAUAUAUAUAUGUGUAUGUGUUUAAUACAUCUGUAAGUAAACUGCUUAUGACAAAGUUAUGUGCAUAGCAUGAUAUAUGUCAGAGAAUGUCUGAAAAAAAUACAUAUUUACCGAGAUUUCUUUGCCUGGGUCCU